UGGUUUUGAGAUAAAAAACUCUCACUCCCUUAAUCUCCUCCUUCUCUUUCUCUUUAGAUCCCAAUUAAACAAAUUCAAGAUCCAACCUCCUCUUACCACUUCCACAACUAUGGGAAACAGCAAAACCAACAACAAGAACAAACUUGAAGAUUCGGAAAAGAAGUCUGUCUCUUCGCCUUGGUCUCGACCUACUUCGCAGCAGCAUCAACAACAACAACGUUUGACAACUUUUCUAGGACUCAAAAACACUGCUGUUUGGAUUUUCCUCAUCGUCUUCAUUUUCUAUGUUUUGUACUCGACCAACAUCCUCACUGUCGAUCGCCGUGAAGAAUGCUCGACGACCUUAGACUCCUCGACCGAAGAACAUAUACAAACACUCACUAAUAUCUCUUCAACCAACAUCAACAACAGUAGCAAAUUUCUCCGAGUUGAUGAUGACGAGGAAGAAGAAAAAAGGAUACUUGAGCCAGUACCUCUUCCUUUAAGGUUGCCACGCUAUGACACACAGCUAAAACACAUCGUUUUCGGGAUCGCAGGCUCCUCGAAUUUAUGGGUGAAGAGGAAAGAAUACAUAAAGUUAUGGUGGAGGCCAAAGGAAACUAGAGGGGUUGUUUGGUUGGAUAAAAAAGUUUAUGCUAAAAGAAAUGAAGGGUUACCCGAAAUUCGGAUAUCGGGCGACACGUCACGGUUCAAGUACACAAACCGCCAAGGACAAAGAUCUGCAUUACGGAUUUCGAGAGUUGUUUCUGAGACUUUGAGGUUGGGGAUGAAGGAUGUUAGAUGGUUUGUAAUGGGGGAUGAUGAUACAGUUUUUAUGGUGGAGAAUGUUGUGAGGGUUUUAUCUAAGUAUGAUCACAGGCAAUUUUAUUACAUUGGGAGCUCAUCUGAAAGCCAUGUUCAAAACAUUUACUUUUCUUAUGCAAUGGCUUAUGGUGGUGGAGGAUUUGCUAUAAGUUAUCCAUUAGCCAAAGAAUUAGAGAAGAUGCAAGAUAGAUGCAUUCAAAGGUACCCUGGAUUGUAUGGAAGUGAUGAUAGAAUUCAAGCUUGUAUGGCUGAGCUUGGAGUGCCACUCACAAGAGAACCUGGAUUUCAUCAGUAUGAUGUAUAUGGAGAUCUAUUGGGACUUUUAGGGGCUCAUCCAGUGACUCCAUUGUUAUCACUUCACCACCUUGAUGUAGUUGAACCAAUUUUCCCUAGAAUGACUCGAGUGAGAGCCCUUCAACGCUUAUUCCAAUCCUCAAAUCUCGACUCCUCAAGCAUAAUGCAACAAUCUAUUUGUUAUGAUAAGAAACGCUAUUGGUCAAUUUCUGUUUCUUGGGGAUAUGUUGUUCAAAUCUUGAGAGGUGUAAUCUCACCUAGAGAGCUUGAAAUGCCCACAAGAACCUUUCUCAAUUGGUAUAGAAGAGCAGAUUACACUGCUUAUGCUUUCAACACUAGACCAGUCACAAAGCACCCUUGUCAAAAGCCAUUCAUAUUCUACAUGGGGACUACACGUUACGAUCGAACAAAAAAGCAAACCGUUGGUGUUUAUAUUCGUGAUAAGUCUCGUCACCCUUUUUGUCGUUGGAAAAUGAGUUCGCCAGAUAAAAUUGACUCUAUCAUUAUCUUAAAGAAGCCCGAUCCUUAUCGAUGGCAAAAGUCACCAAGAAGAGAUUGCUGCAGAGUUCUUCCAUCACAUAAACCCUCCACUUUGUACUUAUCAGUUGGAAACUGCCGUGGAGCUGAAAUUAGUGAAGUUGAUCGAUGAUAUUCAUUACUACACCCAUCGACAAAAUCAAACAGACCUUUUCUCUUUCUCAUUAUUGCCUCAACUUCUCACAAGAUUGUUUUUUUGAACAAUUUUAGGCGAUAAUCUAUGUUCACACUAGCAAAAUUUGUUAGCUUUAGGACGUGUUUUAAUUGACUUUUUAAGUGUUAUUUUCAAGACAGAGAGAUCGAAAGUUUUGUAGUUUUCUUUUCUUCUUUUAUGUUCGAGGAGGGAUCCACAUAGAAAAGUGAUGAAAUACUAUAAU